AUGCAGGCAAAGUUAAAUCAUUACCGAUGUCGUCGAACUACAGUCUCAAAGACUGAGGGCUGAAGUCUUGACACUAACGGCUUCUCACUAUCAGCCUAUAGCAAUCUGAUAAAUUGAUAUUUAACAAAUAAUUAGGUCGGAUUUGACAAUGACUGAGAACGUGGACAUGUUUUUGAGGGCAAAACAUCGGACCUUCAUCGGAUUGACUGAAGAGAAGGAGAGGGAGUGGAGGGGUCCGUUCUUCUUCAUCCAGGCUGCGGACCCCCAGCUGGGGCUUAUGAAGGCCUGGAGGGACGGGGACUGUGACGGAGGCGGGGACGAGUGGGACGAGGAGGUCCAGCUCACCAGGCAGACUGUGGAGGCUAUCAACAAAAUGAGCCCCAGACCCCGGUUCAUGGUGCUGUGUGGAGACCUGGUACAUGCCAUGCCAGGUACCCCAUUCAGGGCUGGCCAGGAGAGGGACCUGAAGGGCGCUCUGGGGGGCACAGACCCCUCCAUCCCCUUAGUGUUCGUCAGUGGGAACCACGACCUGGGGAACAUCCCCACCCCAGACACCGUGGAGCAGUACUGCCAGGCCUGGGGGGAUGACUACUUCAGCUUCUGGGUAGGAGGAGUACAGUGUCUCGUGUUGAACUCCCAGCUGUUCUACGAUGCCUCGGCGUGUCCCAGCCAGAGGGAGGCCCAGGACCGGUGGCUGGGGGAGCAGCUCCAGGCGGCCUCCUCCUCCUCUCCUGCCCGGCGCCUGCUGGUGUUCCAGCACAUUCCCCUGUACCUGAAGACCCCUGACGAGGAGGACGACUACUUCAACCUUCAGACCGCCGUCAGACACAGCCUGCUGGACCGCUUUAAACAAGCAGGUGUGAAGGCGGUGUUCUCGGGCCACUACCAUCGUAACGCGGGGGGGUUCUGCGGAGGACUGGACAUGGUGGUGAGCUCUGCUAUUGGCUGCCAGCUGGGCAAUGACACCCAUGGGGUCAGGGUGGUGGUUGUGACAGCUGACGACAUCAUCCACCGCUAUUACAGCCUGGAGCAGCUGGCUGGGCGGGGCAUGGACGAUGACCUGAGGAAGUUACUGCAGGCCUGACCAAGAGGAGAAAAUUCCACUUUGAGCCUGACCUAUACAAGUAGUCAACUAUGCAAGCCCGACCAAUGAUGAGGUGCAGGAGGCGGUCUAAGCAAUGUUUCUCUUCCCUGUUGCUAUCCAGGCAGGGCAUUGAUUUGUUUCUAUUGUAGCCUAUUGAAUGUAUUUUUGAAUUCAUACACUCUGCCUUGGAGACAGCGGAAACAAACACUACAUGGUGAGAAGGACUUUGGCCGCGGAGAGCUCGCUGUGAAAAACAUCCCCCCAAUGUACAACUCCAGACAUCUCUACCUGGAGCACAAUGACCGGCAUUAGCCCAUGUCAGCCUACUAUUACAGACCAUCAGAACGUGUUGAGGUUCCAGGCAAGAUCACAGAUUGUGUCUCGAUACUCUGUAUACGAUAGUGUGUAUCAACUAGGCCUGUCUGUACACUACAGUUUCAUUCUAAAAAAGUAAGCAAACCAUUAUAGAGGUAACUGUGUAUUGAGUUUGAUGUUUGUAUUCUUGUGCAGUUUUUGUAUAGCCUGUUCUUGUGUUCACAUGCCUGUUUUAACUGUCUAGCAGCACUGAAUGUCUUAAACAAACAGUGUGGGAUGGAUGGAUAGGGAGAAAAGGAGGGAGGUAGAAAGGGUAGGUGUUUGUGUGGGUUGGUCGAUGUGUGACUGUGGCCCAGAAUGACUCGGCUCGCACCCCCACUCACCCAGCCCACUGUCAACGUAACACGUUGCCAUGGCAGCCUGAGAGGCACGGCUGUGGCCCUACGAUGACCAUUUCCUGUGUGCGAGUGUGUGUGAGAUGGGCGGUGGAUUUCCACAAACGGCUGACCCUAUUUUAUACAUCAGACGUGUUUGUCUACAUAUGUGUAGAAAAACAAACAAUGGACUAUCUUCAGUUAAUAAACCAUUUCCUGGUCACUGUGUUCUUAAUAUCAUCCCCUUAGCCCAUACUGGGAUCAUUAAGAAAACUGUUUUCAAUGUCAUUUGACAAAUUUUUAUGAGAUGACCUGGCCAUUUUCAUAAUGUCUGUGAUGUAAUAUCAGUUCAUAUGCA